AUGCCAUCAUGGUCAUUGUCGACGUGGAGGACGACGGCACGCCCGUGGUAUCGGCGGUGCCCGUGGCCGUGGCGCAUCACUUCCCCCGCGUACGAAGCCAUCGCCGAAGUGGACGCGGCCACCAUCAAGCCAGCCGAGGUCGUCCAAGUCAUCGAGGUCACCAGCGGCGUUGCCAAGACGAAGAAGUUCUGGGCGACGCAGGCAAAGACGGGGUCCGCCCUGUCGGGGUCGACCACGGGCGAGAUGCUCAAGGGCCUCUACGCCGAUUACACGCCGUGCUGGAAGAAGACGACGGCGCGUGUGCAUCGUCUGGCGCGUGGCAAGGCCGACCUCAUCGUCGUCGGUGCUUUCCUGGCCCUGACAGUCAUGCUGUGGACGUUGCAGGUCAUGUCUGGCGUCAUCCUACGGUACGUAACACUCUCGCUUUUCCCCUUUUCCUUUUCCUUCAUCUCGCAUACCCUGCCGCGUCCAUUCACAUCGGCUGACACGUUGAAAAUGUAG